CGUCUCCGAGGCUACAGGGGGCCAAUGUUGAUUUGGGCAAAUCCGCGUCGUUGUCGGACCCCGCCGAGGAGCGUUAUUUGACGUCUGGGCUCUGGUGACGAGCAGCGGCGGCCUCUCGUUCACUGAGAAUCUCCCGCCCGUCGGUAUAGCUGUUUUCGUGUUUGUGUCUGGGGGCUGGGGGUGAGGCGGGGAGCCGGGGGCCUCGCUCGGAGGGGGCUGCAAGGAGGGACAGGAGAGCACCGGAGCCUCGGCCUGCCAGUCCGGUGAAGCCCCAGCGACCGAGACACCGCUGCGGCCGGGCUCAGGACAACACCGUGCAGACCGGAUCCAAGGCACCGGCUGGACGCGGCUGUCGGGGCGGACAGUGAAGCCACGGAUCGCCCGUCGACAAGUUGCCAUCAUGGGCAACGCGCCCACGGCCAGGAAGGGCAGCGAGAUGGAGAGCGUCAAGGAGUUCCUUGCUAAAGCCAAAGAGGACUUUCUAAAGAAGUGGGAGAACCCUGCACAGAACACUGCUGGCCUGGAGCAGUUUGAGAGGUUGAAAACCCUGGGCACGGGCUCAUUUGGCCGUGUGAUGCUCGUGAAGCACAGAGAAACGGGACAGCAUUAUGCCAUGAAGAUCCUCAACAAGCAGAAGGUGGUGAAGCUCAAGCAAAUAGAGCACACUCUGAAUGAGAAGAGGAUUCUUCAGGCUGUCAGCUUUCCUUUUCUGGUGCGGUUAGAGUACUCGUUCAAGGACAACACUAACCUCUACAUGGUGAUGGAGUAUGUACCAGGUGGAGAGAUGUUCUCCCAUCUACGGAGAAUUGGCAGAUUUAGUGAGCCUCACGCUCGGUUCUACGCUGCUCAGAUCGUUCUAACCUUUGAGUAUCUUCACGCUUUGGACCUGAUCUACAGAGACCUGAAACCUGAAAACCUGCUCAUAGACCAACAGGGCUACAUACAGGUGACAGAUUUUGGCUUUGCCAAACGCGUAAAGGGCCGGACCUGGACACUGUGUGGCACCCCAGAAUAUCUGGCCCCAGAGAUUAUUCUCAGCAAGGGGUAUAACAAAGCCGUAGACUGGUGGGCGCUGGGCGUACUGGUCUAUGAGAUGGCAGCAGGGUAUCCGCCUUUCUUUGCUGACCAGCCCAUUCAGAUCUAUGAAAAGAUCGUAUCAGGGAAGGUGCGUUUCCCAUCUCACUUCAGUUCAGACCUGAAGGACCUCCUGAGGAACCUGUUACAGGUGGAUCUAACAAAACGUUUCGGGAACCUCAAGAACGGGGUCAACGACAUCAAGGGACACAAAUGGUUUGCGACCACUGACUGGAUUGCCAUCUACCAGAAAAAGGUGGAAGCUCCCUUCGUCCCCAAGUUCAAAGGACCAGGCGACACCAGCAACUUUGACGACUACGAGGAGGAGGAGAUCCGCGUCUCCUUCAACGAGAAAUGUGCCAAGGAGUUUGCGGAGUUCUAGAGUUAGAGAGCGAGAGAGGAAGAAGGAAGGAAGUAGGGAGAGUCAAAGGUAGGCUGGUCAAGUGGGAGACGUAAGGAGAGAGUACUGUCUCCUGUCCAAUCACAAGCACCAGCUACAACAAGAGGGGGGGGAAAUGGGAUAGAGAAGGGAAAAAAAGAGCAAGGAGACUGAUAACCAGCAGUGUUGCCUUUUCUGUUGCGUUUCUGUUGUAUUUUAUUUAUGAUUCUGUCUUAUUUAUGGAUCCCUUUAUAACGAAGGUGUGCUUCAGAUUUCGAAGGUGUUGGGAACCCCCACUUAUUUAGAGUUGCCUCUAAACAUGUUCACCCAGGAUCUUCCCUGCUCUUUUUUUAUUGUUCCAUUCAUCAUUUAAUCACGUUUGGGCCACAUCACAGAGAAAUCAGCCCGUCUGUUCUAGUCUCCUACGGUCUGUUGGUCAUCACAUGAAGCCCGUAGAGUCGAUCAAGUUGAGGUCUCAGUCUGCACAAAAGUUUCUUCAAUUUAAACUGAUAACCGGCUAGCUUGCUCUCUCUCUCUCUCUCUCUCUCUCUCUCUCUCUCUCUCUCUCUCUCUCUCUCUCUCUCUCUCUCUCUCUCUCUCUGGUGAGCAGGAGGAGCAUUUAAGUGGAUAUUUGAAUGAAUCACACUGAUAUGCACCUAAAUAACUUAAGUCAUUUAUCCUUAGUAAGUAUUUAAACUUUUACCGUUUCAUAUCGUAGACAUCAUACCUCCGGCACGAUUGGCCAAAAGAAAAACGUAAAGAUGAUGCGCUGUCCGCUCAAACACGUUAGGGUCAGAGACAGAUGACACUGAAGGGGGAAGAAGUCAGUUAAGUUAACUGUGUAACUCCAUCUAUGCUUCUUAUCAUUGUUAGCGUAGCCAGGCUUUGUGCACUCAAUUUUUAAAUGUUACUAGAUACUAGUGGCUCCAAUUAUUUCAUGUCACGCAAACAAACAAGGAAAUUUGGAUAACGGAACGUAACUAUCUCAGUUUCAAUAAUGUUGUGAAAGAACACCAUAUCAUAAUGGUAUCUCAGGUUUGAACAUAUCACUUAAUAAGACAUUUUAUCAACAUUAAGCACCAGGAUUAGCAGGUCAAGAAGAUGUGUGAGACACUUGCUUAUGAUAUAGAUUUGGGUAUUUAUAGUUCUGGUUGGCACUAAGAGGAACCAAAGGGAAUAUAAGUGACUUUUAGUGACGUUAGUCUAUUCUACAAUUUUCCCUUCCUUAAGAUUUGUUUUUUGCUAACUAGACAACUCUGUUUGGUCUUAAAAGCACUUGCUGUCUCUACUCAGAGCUCGUUUACUAGUCAAGCGAGGAAAUGAGCUGCAUUUUGAAUCAACCAUUUGGCCCUUGCCUACUCCAGUUAGAAGAGACCGUCCGAGGCAGACUACCUCAAACUGGUGGUCAGUGGAGCUCUGAACAGUCCCUGUAGAAGGUCUGGAUAGUGAGCUUCAUGGUCUUUUAUAGUCACCUGUGUUCAUCUCCACAGCAACCCUCACUCUGUGUGACAGUCUUACAUGUGACAGCAGCUCUACUCACAUCUCUGUGUUUACACGCACAGUUUUUGUUUUAUUAAGUUUUCCAUGUGGUGAUGAUGUAAAGGUGAUGACUGCUACUCCAAUGAAGACGUUAGGAAAAGGUAGAAGAGUGGAGUCGAGCUAGUACUGAAGAGAGACAGGAAUGAUCUCAGUGCACAGUAUACAAGCUGCCUGUUCUAAAGUGCACGACACAUAGCACUUCAGGUGUUCAAUGCCUAAUUAGCACCUGGGCUAUAAUGGCAAAGUACUUAAGCAAUGCCCAAAAUGGGGGUCGUUGUAGGAUUUGGUCAUUCAGAAUAUAUAAAUAGUGUCUAUUUCAAGCAUUCAAAUGCCUUCUUCAUAGCUGUAUUUCAAUGUGCCACCAUAAUGAGGAUAAUCUAUUUUGGUUCAAACAGGCGCUCUGGUUUUUCUCUGAUCGCUAUAAAUCCAGAUAUGUUUCAGUUGAAUGAGUCCUUCCUGUCCAAAACAGAUCAGAUAUUGGGAAAUGUAACAAGCCUUUUCUCUAAAUAACACAUUUUUAUUGUGUAAUGUGUGUGAAUAUAUCAAAUGAUACACGCAAACAAUUAGAGUUAUAGUGGAAUGAAAUUUGAAAUGACCUAUCAUCAAGGAAUAUUAUAAAUGGGCUAAAUAACCUGUUUCAGAUCAUUUUUAGAUUUAUGUAGCCCAACUUCUAUGGCAGGAUUAACCAGCUAGGGGGCCCCAAGCCCCCACUACCCCACCAUUCCUCCCUCUGUCUGUACAUUAUGUACAGUGUCACUAUGCUGGAUUAUUACAUGGCCCCAGGUUUACUGUGUGCUAAUUUGAUUUAAACAAAUUAAUUGAGGUAAAUUCACCAUGUAAGCACAUUAUUAGCAGACUAAAUGGAGGCCUUAAAGGGCCAGUGAUUCAUUAUAGCACUUCCAUAAAACCUGCAAGAGACUUAGAGGCCUAGAUAUCCUAACGAUUAUUCUGUGUUCACGUCAUAUGGGAUGGUUGGUUUGACAGCUUUUCACAGGCUGAGGAGUAGUAAACUGACCGGGACCAGGACCCCUCUAAGACGGGGACUCAAGUUGAGCUAAAGAAGUGGCAUCUAUCUCAAGUCCCUUCAUAUUGUCAGGUGAUUUUGUGCUUAUAAUUCGAAUAAAAGUUAAUAUUAAUCAAAUUACCACAAACUAACUGCCUCAGUGAACCUGGGGCUUUUGGGGUUAGGGUCCCUGGGCAGUUGGCCUCUUUUCCCGGUUGGUAAUCCAGCCUCACCAAUGUCCAGUAAGAAGACUUUUGAUUGAUUGGUUUUCUAUCAAAGAAACAGUCACACACAAGGCAACUAACUCCUGACCAAAAGGGUUCACCACCUCCCCUGUACACCCGAACCUUUCAUAUUCUUCUUUCUCACUGAGAGAGGCUGUAAAACAUUUCAUUGAUCAAUCUGAAGUCAAAAUCAUAUCGACAGAUAGAUGGAGGCAAGAGCUACAAGGUGGACGCACACCUACUUGUAGUUAUCAGCUGGCUUAUUGGAUAUGAUGGACUAUUUUUCCAACCUUUUAUUAUUAUUGUUAUUAUUAUUAUUAUUAUUAUUAUUAUUAUUAUGACAUUGUUGUAAACCACUUGUUGAGACUUCACAUUCGCUGUAUUUCCUCCAUGUCGAGUUUAGUGUUGACUAUUUCAUCAUGGACAAAAUUGUUUCGAGUUAUGAUACAAUAUUAUUCCCUGUCUCUUCGAUGUUAUUUGCAGUGAUACAACUUCCUCUCGAUGCAGGCACAAUGCUGGUACAUACUGUCGCACUUUUUAGGGAAACGAGACCCCGAUGUAAACCAUGUUAACCCCCGCCACACACACAUCCACACACACACACACACACACACACACACACACACACACACACACACACACACACACACUGCAAGGGGAAGCGUCUAGAGUCACGGGAACAGUGACGUAAAAAAACCAAGUGUAAUAUUUUGCAACAUGAGUA